AACAGAAAGAGGUCAUUGGGGAUUCCGAGAAGGUUCAUGCCAGAAGUUAAGAAGACACAGUGACUUGAAGAAUAUGGACACAGAUUCAGAGUGUACCAGCAGUGGCACAUGUAUGUGUGAAGCUCAGUGCAAGAGUCAAGACAUCACUGGCCAUGGAUCAUGCGAUUGUGGAUCUCAAUACUUUCCAGUCUGGCCAACAGUUUUUGGAAUUAUAGGAGCAAUACUUAUAUUCAUCUUUUGGCAUCAUCAGAUUGCUAAGCUCUGCAGAAAAUACAAGUACAAUGGGACACUACAUCCACACAUGAGGGAUGAACCUCCACCUCCUCCACCAAGAGAAAAUUCUGCUGAACACCCGCGGGAGACUGCUUGGGAUGCUCCUCCCCCUUAUGAUGCCCUUACAAAAACAGGUCCCCCACCCAUGCCAUCUGGCAUCUCAAUCAUCCACACAGACAAUCCUCCUUCUUACAAUGAUGUAAUUAAAAUGGACAGAGAAGCACAGAAAGUGAAAGCAUCAAACAGCAAAGAAGCAGAAGGUCCAGAAGAAAGAGGAAAAAGAAAAAACUCCACAAAAAUUGACCUGGAUGUGGAACAAGGAGGACAGUGGGCAGUAAAAAUAUAGAUGAAGGAUCUUGGUUGAGAGCUAAUGACCAUCUAAUGGCAUUCAAUUAAGACAGAUUAUGUUUUUAUUCCUGGGUUAUUUGAUAUAUUAGGGGUAAAAAAAAUUUACUAGUCUUUAUUCAUCAGUGAACCUAGGUUAAGGAAAUGUAUGUAAAAGCAAAAUGUCUUUGUCCAAGUACCUGCUGCUAUCUUUCAUUUUACAAGUAGAAGUCAGUUGUAUCAUGAACUUCAGCAUUUUGCUUUUGGUUAUGAGCGAUCACCUCUCAUUAGGUUAUCAUUGCCUUAUCAUUGGUAAGUGUUUGUAACAGCAGUUGCAAGUACUUUAAUGUUUUAGUUUAUGAAGCUUGGCAAAUACAUGCAUCAUAGAUAUUAGACUGUCUCAGGAACUGGUACUGCUAUGAUGCUAGUUUUGUAUUUGUCGUUAUGCCCUAUGUAGGUUAGCUUAUUAAAAAAAACAUGUUUUUAGCUGCACUUUAUUGUAGGUAGUCAAUAGGAAGUAGUUUUUCAAAUGAUGAAUGGUCUUUCAGUUCCCUUUCAUCCAUCUUUACCUCCAUCUUCUUCGUUUUCUUCUACUUCUUCGUCUUCUUGUUCUACUAAUUCCUCGUCUUCUUCUUCUUGAUCAUGCCUGAAAGCCAACAAUGCCACUGGCUGCUAAAUAGCCGCAAUGUAUGGACAUAUUGGUAGCAAUAUCUUUCUAACCCAAUUAGGAUGGGAGCCCCCAGUGCAUCCCAUACCAAACAGUGUAUCUUGAGUCUGUGGAGUUUGGGAAAUAUCAGAAGCAUGGGAAACAAAAUUACCCUACUCUCUCUGUUCGUGGCUGCAGCAUUGAUAUUUUUUAGGUAAUAAGGCUAAAAAGAAGGGUUAAGCCUACUUUUGUGUGGCUAUUUCUAUUCAACAAAUGCAGCCAGGGUCAAACAAGCCCACAAUUGUAUAGCAUGCACAAUUUAGAGCUAGCGGUACAGCGCAUGAUACAAAGACGUCAUCCCAGCAUGAGAGGUGGUCUAGCAAGACAUGAUAGGAAGUCAUCCUGGUGUGAAUGAGUUAACCAACAGUAUCUUUUAUGCUACAUAUCAUAAGAGCAAGUUUUUCUCUUCAUUGACAAUGGCUUCAUAAUUCCAUAUGCAUCUGAAGGGUAUACUCCAUUUUCCACGGAAAAUAUCCUGGGUAUAUUUCUGACAACAUAUGUAUGCCAUACAUUAUAAACAACAAAUAAUUUCUUCAGUAGCCAUGACUGUAAGAUGAUCUAAAACAGAACUGAAAUUAGAUAAAACCUUAAGAUAUGCAAGAUGUACUUAUAUUUGAGAUUCCAACAGCAGACAAAACAAAAAACACAGGAUGAACAAUGAAGACGUAAAACUUGACACUGCUAUAAUAAACUGACACAUAAUCGUAUAAUGUAAGUGGUAGUGUGUGUGCAUGUGUUAUCACCACAUCCAAAGUGUUCACUCUCUAGUUUCAUUUUCAUAUUUUUCACAUUGCAAAUUGGACACUUGGUCUGUAAUUACCCAUUAGAUAAUAAUGUAAAAGCAGUUCACAAAAAAAAAAUUCAUUCAACCUGUCAAAAACAUUGUUCAAUUAUUCCUUCCAGGUCACUCAGGUUCCAAGACAAACAUAGAAUAUGUUACAAUAUCAUUCAGAAUUAGCUUAGGUACCCCAUUGAUAUUAACAGCACCAUUGGCAGUAGGUUCAUAGGCUUCAGCAAGAGAACUUUUUCAAAUUUUUGGUAGAUGUUUGUAAGGCUUUUUGUGAAUUAUCUGAAUGAUGACAAGUUUGUGUUGGAUGCAUAUCAAUUUGGUAAUUAUUUGUCCUUGUAUUCCUGUAUGUCUAGAACAUAGUUGCUUUGUUAUAGUGCCUUUCAACUUUUAGGUUAUAAGAUAAAAAAAAAUCUAGUCCUGUCAUUUACUUUCGUAAUUGUUCUAAGAACCAGUGAUAUGAUAAGAUAACUUCGCAGUAUUUUUAUUUAUACAUACUGUAAGGAUUCAAGGAUUCAAGUGUUAGUAAGGUGCUAAAACACUGUUCUUCUGCUAUGAUAAUUUUGUUACAUUCAGCCUUAUAGAUACAUGUUUCUGUAACUUGUAAAUGGCAAGUUUUUCAUGUACUCAUGAGUUGAUAUUUAAUAUUUACAUAAAAAGUGCAUAGAGAAGAUUAGUUCUUCAGAAGAAUGUUUAUGCUAUUUAUACACAUGACACAUUAGUAAAUUGCAUUUUAAAAAUGUAGUCUCAUGAUACAUAUGGGUUAGGUUGUAGUUAUUGAUACCUAUUUUUUCUAUGUAUUGUUACUCAGCUGUGAUUGUUUCAUUGUGCCUAAUGUAACACAAAAGACAGAUCAGUGACACAUUUUUUUACAAAAUGUAUUCAAGCUAUUAACUGAUAUAAUCAUACUGUCACUCAGAUGCUAAUAAGUUAAUUCAGAAUUAUGAUAGUCAUAUUAACUAGUCAUUAUUUUUAAGACCUGUAAUAGUGUUUUAUUAAAUGUUGAAAACUGUA